AUGGAUUGUCCUCGUAAGUCUAAAGAGUAUAUACAAGGAGUAAGGUCAUUUAUAGAGUUUGUCAAGAAUAAUGGUGGUCAGAGUACUAUGUUUUCAUGUCCUUGUAAACGCUGUAACAACGGUAAAGGCUCACUGCCACUUGGUGAGAUUUCGUACCAUUUGUUAAAACAUGGGAUUGUAUCAUCAUAUAAAAUGUGGCGUUUUCAUGGUGAAAGUUCUGUGGUUGAAGCGCAGCAAGCACAUAGGGGUAAUAAUUUAAUAGAAGGUGUAGAUGCCAACGUAGGAGAUGUAGCUGAAAAUUUUGAACAUGUAGUUGAUCCUUCAGCGGACCCUGUUGUCGGCCCUUCAGUUAAUGCUGCAAUAGAAGGUGCAAAUCAGAAUGUUGGAGAAGGUGUAGAUGUGAAUGUUGGAUAUAGAGUUGAUGAGAAUGCUGGAACUAGCAGGAGUAAGAGAAGACAAUUUCUACAUGAGCGUGCAAGACAACCUUUGUACAAUAUAUGUCCUGAAGAAAAAACAGCCCUUUACGUUGCUAUGAUGCUGACUAACAUAAAGACCCAAUAUGGAAUCUCAGACAACGGUGCUACUGCAGUCUUGGAAUUGAUGAAAGAGUUGCUCCCUGAAGGAAAUACUUUGCCGUGUAAGUUUGCUGAAGUUAAAAAGAUGAUUCAAGAACUAGGGAUGGAUUAUAUAACAUAUGAUGCGUGUGUAAAUGACUGUGUCUUGUAUUGGAAGGAUAAAAGUCUAUUGUUGAAGUGUCCUGUUUGUGAAGAACCUAGAUAUAUAAAAGUUUUCAAUGAUGAGAGAAAACUGACCCGAGUUGCGCAAAAGACUUUAAAGCAUUUUCCAAUUGUUGAAAGGCUGAGAAGGUUUUAUAGUAUUUCAUGGAUAGCAGAGGCAAUGUAUUGGCAUUCUAAAGCACAGUCAGAUAUGAAUGUGAUGCGACAUCCAGUUGAUUCUGCAGCUUGGCGGUGUGCGGAUAAAUUUUCCUCCAGAGUUCGAUAA